AUGACAUAUAGGGAGUUGUACCAGAACCUGUUCAACGCUCAUGUAGUAUCCCCUUUCUACCUAGAGCCACUGCAGCCCUCGUAUCCCAAAUGGUAUGACACAAACGCCCAAUGUGAAUACCACGCGGGAAUUACCGGGCACUCAAUCGAGAAUUGUACUGCGUUCAAGAAAGUAGUUGAAAGACUCAUUAAGGUGGGGAUUGUGAAAUUUGAUGACCCAGCCAUGCCCAAUGUAGCAGGAAACCCACUCCCCAAUCAUACCGACCAAGGAGUGAAUAGGAUAAGUGAAGGCUUGAACAAGAAGACCAAGUAUGAGGUGGCAGAAGUCAGGACCCCGUUGAGGCGGGUAUGGAAGGAGAUGGCCAAGAGAGGAUUGAUUGUGUUGGACUCGAGGGAAGAAUCUAAAGAAGAGAGAAACUACUGUGAAUUUCACGACAAUGUGGGGCAUGAAAUCCAAGAUUACGUGGAGUUCAGAGCCCUAGUACAAAACAUGAUGAACAAUAAAGAAAUUGAAUUCUAUAAAGAGAACGAAAACCCCGUAGAGGGAGAUAUAUGUGCAUCGGAGGAAGAAUCGACGGCACAAAAUCGAACUGCGAUGAUGCCGGGAAAGGAGAGCCCGGUUGACGCUUCAAGAGGGGACCAAGGUAAGGGUUUCUAUACACGUAGUGGGAGGUGUUACGAUACGGCGAAUGAGGAGGUGCAGCCCACAAAAGAAAAAGCCCAGGUGGUUGAGGAAAUGAAAGGAAAAGCAACCAAACCUAUUAAUGAGCCAGUUAACGAAGAGGAGGCCAAGGAGUUUUUAAAAUUCCUAAAGCAUAGCGAAUACAGCGUGGUGGAACAGCUACAUAAACAACCAGCCCGUAUUUCGAUGUUGGCCUUACUUCUAAGCUCGAAAGUUCAUCGUAGCGCGCUAAUGAAGGUCUUAAACGAGACAUACGUUGCCAAUGACAUCUCCGUUAACAAGCUGGACCGUUUGGUGAACAACAUAAGUGCCGACAAUUAUAUCUUCUUGAAUAACGACGAGAUACCACCCGGGGGCAUGGGGUCGACUAAAGCUCUGCAUAUCACCACGCGCUGUAAAUGGUACACGCUGUCAGGCGUACUGAUUGACAAUAGGUCGGCUUUGAACAUCCUGCCUUUGACCAUGCUGAAUAGAUUACCCAUAGACAGCUCUCACAUGAAAGAGUGCCAGAACAUCGUAAAAGUAUUUGAUGGCACGGAGAGAAAAGUGAUGGGCAGAAUUGAGCUAGUAUCGGAAGGGAGAUUGAUAACGAUCAAGGCUGAGGAGGAUAUUAUUGCAACUGUGAGCAAUAAUGCACCCUAUUUGGAGACAGAUGGCGAAGCAAUCGAAUGCUCAUUUCGAUCUUUGGAAUUUGUUAAUGCGAUGUUCAUCGCCGAGGGAAGCGAAAUUCUGGUGCCAAAAUUGUCCAAAACCACGAGGAUGAGCCUCCAGCUGACGAUCAAAAGAGGGGCCCCACCCGGAAGGGGACUUGGGAGACAUCUGCAAGGAAGGGUUAAAACGUCAAUGCCGAAAGACAAAAGAGACCGCUUCGAUUUAGGAUUUAAGUCGGAUGCGAAACAAAAGAGAAGGGAGCUGGAAAAGAAGUAA